AUGGAUUUGAAACCUGUAGAAAUUCCAACGCAACAACUGAACGUUUCCAGUAAAAUGGUAUGCUCCACAAAGUGUUACAAUGACGUCACGUGCACGGGGUUUUUCUACAACUACGACGGCAGAUGCUCUACGUUCAGCGCCAGAUUUCAUUCGUUGACUUUUGUGAACGAGACAGGAACACAGGCAUACGAACACGGCGGAAGAUUUCACCAAGAUAUAUGGACUGUGGAAAGAAGAUAUGAAGGGAAAUGGGACUGCAACAUGACAGAUUCAGAUUGUUCAUUUCUCCAGGAGGAUAUAUUUGUUGAAGUUUCCGGUGUUCCGACAGAUUGCUAUGACGUCAUGCUCAGUGUGGCAGGUACGAGCGGGGUGUAUACCAUUGUAUCACGUGACGGUGGUGCGCCUAUCAACGUCUCUUGUGAAAUGUCAUCUUCCAAAGGAAGCUGGUUGGUUAUUCAACGAAGGACAAACGGAUUGGAAGAUUUUUACAAAAAGUGGAAGGAAUAUAAAGACGGAUUUGGAGAUUUGAACAAUGAGUUCUGGUUAGAACAGGACUACUUCAGACUGAGUCUGGGCGAUUACAGCGGAGACGCAGGAGACAGCCUAAGUCAACAAAACGGAUACAGGUUUACAGCUAAAGACGUUGAUGUUGACACCUCCAAGAGCAACUGCGCGCGGAAAUACCAUGGCGCCUGGUGGUACGAGAAUUGUCACGACUCGAACCUCAACGGCCAGUACCUGAGGGGAACCCACUCGUCACGCGCUGUUGGCGUCAACUGGCGCGCCUGGCGAGGAUACAACUAUUCUCUCAAGAGAACAGAGAUGAAAAUCAGACCCAUGCAGUUCUGA